UGCUGAGAUUUCGCGCAAAAUGACAUUGCUAUACAGCCCCCCCCCAGCUCUAUGCCUGCUGUUUGAAUUGGGAAAUGCCGACCGUUUUGGUUUCUCAUGCAACGCUGCCAGUAUGUGAAACAAAUCAAAGACCCCUUUGCCUGUGAGGGGGGCUGCUUGUGAUUGGAUCUAGUGAAAGUGUAACACAGGGAUUUGACUGCUCGGGCAGCACCACUGAAGAGCACAUUUUGCAGCUGCCGCUGCUCCAUGAACUGCAAACUCUCAUUUCCUUCUGUUUCUCUCUCUCUCUCUUUCUCUCUGCAUUUGUACCAUCUGCAUGCUGAGAAGUGUACCAGGCAGCCAGCAUCUUCUAAUCCCUGCAGCAUUCUUCAACCCUCAGCAGCAAACCACUCUUUGACAAGCAACAGCCAUUCAUCCCUCAGCAGAAACCAUCUCUCCUGACACCAGCCUCCAUCCUUCUGCAGACUCCAUUCCCUGACAGUCAAAGACAUCCAUGCCCCCAUCCUCUGCCUCCACCCCUGUUACCACCACAUCACCCAUGCAGUAACAUCCUUCAUCACCCAACAGCCUCUCUCCUUCCCACCACCCAUCAUUCCUCCAUGGGAAAGCCGUCAACAUGAGCACAGAUGCUAACCACCUGCCUACAGGAUCCCAGGAAGUGAGCGGGGCUCUGUGGACUCCAUCCAGCUGGACGGCUUCAGAUGUCCCUCCCAACACCAGUGCCUCCUUGCCAGAGCAGCCAGGGGAAGAGGAGUGGGGAGGCAAUGUUGGAGAGAUUGCAGGCAUGGUUGUGAUCCAGUUCAUUUAUGCCCUGGUGUGUCUGCUGGGGCUGGUAGGCAACUCGCUGGUGAUCUUUGUUAUCCUGCGCUAUGCCAAGAUGAAGACAGCUACCAACAUCUACUUGCUCAACCUGGCCAUUGCUGAUGAGCUUUUCAUGCUCAGUAUCCCCUUUGUGGCCACCUCUGCUGCCCUACACCACUGGCCCUUUGGUCGGGCCCUGUGCCGUACCGUGCUGGGUGUGGAUGGUCUCAACAUGUUUACCAGUGUCUUCUGCCUGACUGUGCUCAGCCUGGACCGCUACAUCGCCGUGGUGCAUCCACUACGGGCAGCCACCUACCGCCGGCCGCGGGUGGCUAAGAUGGUCAAUGGAGGGGUCUGGCUGCUCUCGCUGCUGGUGGCUUCACCCAUCCCCAUCUUUGCUGGCACAGCCACCACGCGAGACGGCCAUGCGGUGGCUUGCAACCUCCUGUGGCCUAGUCCAGCUUGGUCGGCCGCUUUUGUGGUCUACACAACCUUACUGGGCUUUCUGCUGCCAGUACUGGCCAUGGGGCUGUGCUACCUGCUGAUCGUGGGCAAGAUGAGGGCGGUGGCUCAGCGGGUGGGCUGGCAGCAGCGGCGGCGCACAGAAGGGAAGCUGACCCGGCUGGUGCUGAUCAUUGUGGCUAUGUUUGUGGUGUGUUGGAUGCCCUUCUAUGUGGUCCAGCUGGUGAACUUGUUGCUGCCCGGCCGCCUGGAUGCCACAGUCAACAACGCAUCCCUCAUCCUCAGCUACUCCAAUAGCUGUGCCAACCCCAUCCUGUAUGGCUUCCUCUCUGAGAACUUCAGGCACUCCUUCCAGGGGGUCUUGCGGAGAUGCUUCGAUGCCAGCUUCUGCUGCUGCCCAGUGGACCUGGAUGAGGCAGAGGAGGAGGAGGAGGAGCCAUUGGAUUAUUGUGCCAACCCCCGAGGCGAUGAGAAAAACAAGGGCUGCAUGUGUCCGACCCUGCCUUGCCAGCAGGAGCCUGUGCACCCCGAGCCCUGCUGCAAGCCAGGCACCCUUCUUACAAAGACCACUACCUUCUAAAGGAUACCUCUGCCUCGUCAUCCUUCCUCCUAGGAUCUUGGCCUUCCGAAAGGGUGCCUCCAUCUGCCACAGGACCAGCACCUUCCAGUGAACAUCAUCACUUGAGAGCACCUUUCUCCACACCUACUGCUCCAGCUUGCUCCGUAGACACAGACUAAGGGGGUGACUCAACCUGUGUAAGUCCUCGGUGUGAGGGCUCCUUGCUUCUAGGUAGGACCUUUCCUUCAUGUUAAGGUGGGAUGGGGUUUGUACAAAUGUUUGGACAUUUUAGAGCCAGAGUCUGCCCCUCUUUGCGAUAUCAAGUAGCACCUUACUCCAAGUCAGGUCUCCAUGCUCUCAGGGGUAAGGGACCACUCUGAAUCCAGCAUAUUCUUUCCGUCACUCCCAUUCAUGACAUUUCCAUCCAGCAGUUCUCUGUUUGGCCUAUAUGGAAUAGCCUGCUUCCUACGACCAUGUUCAGGAGAGGGCACUUGGGCAUAACUGUAAGCCAUGGGUCCAAAUCUCAUAGCUGACAACAUUGACAGGAAUUUGCAGGCAAUCUCACUGAGAAUAGGACUUUUCCCUCUAAAGCCAGAUUGGUAAACUGAGAGAGAAAGCAUGAGAGAGCAAGAUAGAAAGAGAGAGAGCAAGAGAAAGGAUUGCUCCUUUAAUCCCUUGUGACCCAUAUCUGAAAGGCAAUAUGCCAUCCUUUGUAAUUAAUGGCCUGGUAUUCAAAAGGGCUCAGUUCACAUUAAAAACUAUGGAGGGUAGAAAGGCUGGGUUGCUGGGCCUUUUUGAAAAUCUGUCCAUUAACCUACUAUAAUUUCUCUAAAGGGAAAAACAGUGUCAUAGUCUGCAGAAAGUGCAAUGAAUAACUGUGCCCUAGAGCAGAGCUGUCCAACUGGUGGCCCACAGUUUGCAGGGAACCCAUGAGGGGUUAAAUUGCAGCCUCAGGCUCUGACACAGCUGCCUCUCUCCCCAUUGCUCUGGCUACAACAGCAGCUGGAGGCUCCAGGCUCCCCUCCCUGCAGCUUUCCCUUCCUGCCUCUUCACCUGCCCCAGGAGACAGGGCAGUGGAGUCCUCAGUGCCAGGGAAGCCCACAUCUCAGGAUGUCUGAGUGGCAUGGUGGAAGAAGGGAGCUUGUAGUGGGGAAGGUAAGGGUGAAUCGGAGUACAUGCUACAGUGGGGAGGCACAGCAAGACCCAGCACAGGUGGCACGCAAUGAAGCAUCAGGGGGUAGCACACAGUGCAGCUGGGGAGCACCCAGGAGCAGAAUGCAACAGGGAGACCCCAGGCUCAGGGUGAAGCAAUGAGGGAGCAUGGAGGGCAAAGAGGGGGCACAUGCAUACAUAGUGCAGCAAGGGAGGGUAGCUGUUUCCCCCAGGACUUAUGGCUCCCACUAGUGCAGCCUUGGCUAAUGUGACCUGAGGGACACACAGCCCCCAGCCAUUUAAAAGUUGGACAGCCCUACCCUAGAGUACUGAUUGAGGAGCUGUCCCUGUUCCUUAGUAAGACAAUGAGAGUUUUGCCAUUGAUGUCAAUGUGAACAGAAUUUAGGGAGAUAGGGGACAAGGAAAGGGGAUGUUGAUUGAGGCUGUGUGUGGUUAGCUCUUCAGAAAGAACAACAUUUGCAGGUGGCAGAUAUGCAGUUGUGCCAUGCCAUGUCGUUUGAAAGAAUCAAAGGCCAAAACAUUGCCUUGGAAUGUAAUUAAGAAUAUUAGUUUUCACAGUAACAGCUACUUCUACUUUUCCCCUCCACUGCCUUGGAUCUCAGGAGGAACACAGUUCUUAAUGCAGGUCUGACUUGGACCAGGGUAUCAGUGAGUUUAGAGUGUUAGCACCUACUGCAGUAUUCUAAAGGUUACUGAAAAAUAAAAGUUAUUUCAUCAGUGUUAACUUAUUGAAAGGUUGCUAUUAUUAUUAAUCCCACGUAUAAACCAGAGCCCUCUGGUGAGACACCAUAUAAACACAGAACCAAAAGAUGCUCCCUGACCCAAAAACCUUAAAAUCUAAGUAGCCCCAUUUCCAAAGACAACCACUACUACCAGGGCAGCUGGAGACAAUUGUAAUGUACAGUACUUCAUUCUCAGUACACCAAUGAAUACAAUAAAGAGCCUAUUAUUGAUUUAUAUAACAUGCUGUGAUCCUGCAGAGGGCCAUUAAUGCUGUUAAUAUUAUCCUUUGUGGAUAGUCCCAUUGUUAGCCAAUGGUUCAGUUCACCAUGUGUAACACUAGACAUGCACUUGAAAAGAGCAGGGCUGUGGGAGCCCUGGUGAGAGGGGCCAGCUUAAGGAGAAGGUUCUGUGUACUGAGUCAGCACCGUAAAAUGGCAUCAGAGAACUCCACAUGUCACUGCACUAGUCUGAUUGGACGCAUUCACCGCUCACUUUGCCCUUGUGUAUAUGACUAUCCAAGAUUCAGGGCAAUGGAGAAUCAGGCUGCACAAAUCUUUGCACAGCAAUUGAAACUGGCUCAUGCAUUUUUUCAAGCCAUUGAUCAGUCUUUAACUGCUUCAUAGCCAGUUGAUGUGGAAGCAGUUCCCAAAGGGCUGCAUUCCCAGUUUCAGUAAUCAUUACAAUGUUCCUAACUCUCAGUUAAUUCAUGUGGGAAGCAAAAGGAUCCUGGCCUGGGAGGUGUCAUUUAAUAACAUUUAAUAAUAAUAAACAUGUUCUUCAGCCAUAAAGAGUAUGAGUCAGAUUUUGUUCUAGCCAUUAGGUGCGUAAGUGAAUGUAUGCAUCUAAGUGUGAUCCUAUUUUAUGUAGCAUGAGUCCUGAAAAACAGUUAAUGCAAGCUUAAUGGGUUCUCCUCCUCAUGGCUUCUUGUGAUUCAGUUUUCAGGCUAAAAUGAUGGCAGUAGCAAAAGUAAGCAUGUUAAUCUUUUCUCAGGACUCGAGCAGGGUGGAAUAAGAUCACACUUAAAUAGGCACUUAAAUACACUUCAAUGCCUAGUAGAUAGAGUAGGACCUGGCCAAUAAGAAGUUGACUUCUGGGUGUGUUGCAUGCCAGAAUAUUACCACUUUUGGGGUGCGUGCCCUAGUACUCACCCCUACAGCUAGAAAUGUAGCCAACCCACACCAACCUGACACAUACUUCUAUGUCUUGCUGCUGGAUGAGUCUCGAUGUGGCACAUGAUUCAUGGCAUUGUCAAACCUUGCCAAUGUUUUGGCAUAGGAUCAUUAAUUCAAAGAUUUUAAGACCAGGAGGGACAAAAGCAUUUCUUCCAGAUUGACCCCAUGCCAUCCAGCUGAACCAGAGCAUAUCUUUUAGAAAUACAUCCAUUAGUAAUCUGACAACUCAAUGUUACAGAGCUUGCCACAUCCCAUUGACACAAUGCCAAUGAUUAAUUAAUCUCACUAAUAAAAACACACAUCUGAUUUCUAGCCUGUGUUAGGAUGGUAACAAUAAGGAAGAUUUUUAAAUUUCCUCUUUUACAAUUGGUUACAAAGUAGGUUUUUUAUUUAUGUCAUAUAUUUUUUCACGUAAAGUACUUUUGGUUAUUUGAUUUGUUUUCAUUAUUUUUCACUGUAAAAAGACUUCACGGUAACAUGUUUAAAGGAAACAGUUUAAAAAAAAACAGAAAAAAAAUUGGAGGGAUUUUACUAUUAUUAAUUAGAGAGAGAGCCCUUUUCAGUAUUUUUCAGCCAUUUCAGCUUUAUGAGAUGAGAUUUUCAAAAGUGCUCAGAGCUUGGUAUACACUGCAACACUGUGGGUGUGUCUGCAAUUAAUUUGCAGCAAUAAACUUUGAUACGUAUCACGCCAGAGUUUAUUGCUCCCAGAUGCACCAUUUGAAUGUGCAUGGAACCGCAGCACAUUGAGCCGGGUUGAAGCAGUCCUGGCUGGCAGGGGGCCCCGGGGGCCAGCCUGCCAGCCUAGGGCUGCUGACCCAGCUCAGUGUGCUGCAGAAGGGCUGGCUGGGGCAGGAGGCUGCCA